UCGAUUUACUGCUCGAAUGCAAAGCAAACGUUCAUCAAAGAGCUGUCGGAGAUUUCUUUAUACCGAAAAAAUACGACAUUACAAAAAAGAUGCCACAGUUUAAUGAGUCACAAUAUUUUGGUGAAUAUCCACUCUCAUGGGCGGCGAGUAUUGAUAACAAGAGAAUUUACAAUACGUUAAUCAGUUAUGGAGCCGACCCUAACUUAGUGGACACUUUCGGGAAUAUGGUUUUACAUGUGAUCGUUGCCCGGGAAAAAUUGAAUAUUUUUGGUUUUGCGUUAAAACAUUCCGAGAAACCGGCUGUUAAUGAUAUGACCAAUAAUUAUGGGUUAACGCCAUUGGCUUUGGCGUGUGUUUUAGGAAAAUCUAUUAUAUUU